AUGACUUUUAAAGGUGGAAAGAUUAAGGAUAUACUAAUAAAAGAUGAGUUCGUUACUGAGUUUCAAACUAAGCUCCCUAGACUGACCAGCCUUGAAUCCAUAAAAAGUACCGAUGUUCCUAAGUGGGCUUCAUCAGAUGAAAAAAAUCUGAACAGCAGGAGAGGAAAAAACUUGUCAUCUAGAAUUGACUAUCUUCAGCCUACAAAUAAAUCAGAUCUCAAGAUGCCAAACUUGGAGUAAGUCACUUCAACUUAGAUAUCUCAGCAGAAGUGGAAGCAAACUCUUGAAUGCUUGAAUAAGUUUUACUUGGAUGAGAAGCAAGUUAAGAAUGUAGAGAUGAGACAGCUCAAAAAUCUAACUCUUACACCUAGCAAUAAUCAAUUGCAUCUAGACGCCAUAGCAGCUGCAGUCACUUAAGCAUAAAUCUUAGAAGAGGUGUUGAGUCCCAAGAAGAACAUGAACAAGAUAGUCAAGUUCAGACCAGCUAAUAGAUACGAAAAUUACUCUUAAGUUUAAGCUGAAAGUAGUAUCAAUAAUGAACAAGACCCGCAAUCGAAUGCACUAGCAAGUUCUAACAACUAAUCCUAACUCGGUCCUGGGUAUUAUUAGCCUAGCUAUAAUUUAGUCAAGAAGCAUAAUCCUGAGUUUGAGUUUGAACAUAAGACUAGCAAUUUUCAUGCUAGAAAGCAGUCGAAUAUAGAUCACACUACUGAAGUCAAGCAGAAGCUUGAGGUCAAGCAGUUUAUUAAGAGUUUGUUUAAAUAGAAAGAAAUGAGAUUAAGCCAUGAUGGCAGUAGUUUUAAUAAGAACUCAUCACGGAAUUCCCAAUUCAACACUUCACUACCAUGGCCCUGCUUCAGAUCUGGACAGCCAUAGAUAAUGCCAUUGGAAUAAUGGAAAAAAGAUAUGCCAGGACCAGGCACUUAUGAUAAUAGCUAAAAUCUUAGUGUGCUUUAAUCGCUUUAGAAGACCAGAUAGUUUGAUAAAUAAAGUCCUAAGAAUAGUACCUUACUAUAUUCUUUAGAUAGUCCAUUUAAUCCUAUAACUAGCAUUUAUAACCCACCAGCAGGAUACUAUUUCAGCGAUCGAAGACAAAGCAAUGGGAAGCAGGAACAUUAUCGCAAGGCAAAAGGAUUCCUGACAUUGACUUAAUAGCUUGGUGAUAAAAAUAGAAAUUCACACAAUGCCACUUAGCUCUAAGAAGAGGAAGAAGCUACGAAGAACAAUGAGAUAUAUAACUUUAGUAGGAAGAAUGAUAUUGCUCUAGUUGUAAAUGAUAAAGUAUAAUUGCCCUAAACAAUCUAAAAUAACUUAGAUAAGUCUGUGAACAAAUCAUAGGACUCUAUAGGGCCAGGAUCAUAUAAUCCAAAAUAAGCUAUUAAGAAUAAAAAAGGAAUUGUUGCUAUUUUACCUUUUAAGUCAACAGUCAGGAGAUUUGCUAGCAAGCCUAGAGAUAUAGUAAAUGUAGACAUUGAUUUGAUAAAAUACAGUUCUUUUAAUCCAAAAUAAGAGCAACACCCUUCUCCGACUUUCAAGUCCAAAAGCAAGCGAACAAUAGUAUUUGAUAACUCUAAUACUAAUGAGGUAGAACCAAAGAGAGUUAAUAAUCACUUUUCAAAGGAAAGACCGAUGCCUGAAUACUUUUCCAUCUCCUAUAGAUAACCUAAUAAAUUUGUAAGUCAUAAGGAACUAAAGAGUCAACAGAGCAAUGCACCAUUUAAUGUUGUCAGUCCUAGGUUUAACAAGGAAGAUUAUAAGAACUACAAAUUUGACAUUAUUCAAUAUAUAGAUUCUCAAAAGCAGACUUAAGAGAAAAUAUCUCACUCAAUUGAGAUUAGAGGUCUCUAAUCUGAUAAGAACAACAUUUCUAACUCUAGUCUUAAUCAGUCUCAACCUAAUGAAAUAUCUAAGAUAGAAAUUUGA